CUCAUCCCAGAUACUGGUCCGUUGCUGUGCCAGCCAGCACCCAGAUGUGGGGACCAGAUUUACAACCCCUUCAAGCAGUGCUGUGACAAUGACACCAUCCUGCCCCUGAAUGGCACCGGCCUCUGUGGCCCCGGAUGUAUCUACUGGCCCUGUUUUCAGCAUUGCUGCCUGGAGUCCUCAGCUUCCAAGAACCAAGGGAUUGUCAGGUUCAAGGUCCCAGGCAUGAAGCCCGACUGCAGAUCCUCCCCCAUCUCCACAAUCUGUGCCCAGGAGCCUCACCCUACCAGCUCUCAGACAGAUCUGACUUCCUCUAGAACAUCUUGGAGAACAGAGUUUCAAGUCAUUUCAGAAUCUGAUAUUUUGUAACCAGCCAUUUGGAGAGUGAUUUUUCACUAUUUCUACUUUUUAUUAUUAUUAAAUUGGUUCUUUGAUGGUUUCACACAUGUAUAUAAUACAUUCUUGUUAUGUCUUCCCCAACCCCCUCUAAUCUCCCUCCUACCACAAUAAACACCUCCUCCCCCCUACAUGUCCCUUUCCUGGGUUCAUGAUUUAGGACUUUAUUGUAUGACCUACUCAAUUUAAUCUGAUGCAUCUGUGUGACCAUUGCAUUGGGAGUAUUCACUGUAGCCUGAGAGGCCACCAAUGGCACAGAGCUGAAAUCACUGACUCUGCCUUCCCCCAAAUUUAUCCAAAAAAAAAAAAACAAUUCAGAAAUGAGAGACAGGGCCCCCUAAAUUCCUCUCCAUCCUUUCCUGGCAUCGAUGGGCCCAUUCUUGUGCAGACCCAGCACAGUUAUCCAGACUUGUAAGUUCCUGCUUGCAGUGACUGUCUUGCACAGAAGAUGCCAUUUUGCAGUGCUUCUCCCCAUCUUCCAGCUCUGACAAUCUUUAUAUCCCCUCUUUGGCAAUGUUCCCUGAACCUAGGAGAAGACACAAAAGUGUCUAAUCUAGUGCUGAGCACUAAACAAUUGCUGUUCUCAGCACCUUGUGCUGCUCCUUCUUCUCUGCCUUCAAUGUGGUUCAGCUGAAGAGAAGACUCUGUGAUUAAAGCCAAGAAGAGUGUUUACUGUCUAUAAGUAUAAACAUUCUUAUUUCGAAAGUAGUUCAAGCUUUGUGAAUUUGACUACACAACAGAAGUAAGCAUACACACACACACACACACACACACACACACACACACACACACACACACAUACACACACACACACACCACACCCCCAGGCCCUAUGACCUUCCAUGCCAUGGGAUUUGGAGUGGGUUUAUGGUACCACAUAUAGAAUCCCUUCUGUGGAGUGGACCUCCAAUCCAAUCAGAGAGCAUGUUGGUUACCGAAUACCAUCUGUGCCAUUAUUGCUCAUCUUUACUGGCAGGUUGAUUCUUGCGGGAUGAAAGAAUAUAUUAUAGAGAUUCAGCUGUGUAUUAAAGCUAUACUUUGACCAGCCAAGGGUCUGUCAAAAGGCAAGCCAUUUAUUAUGGAGUAGUUGGUGUUAUCCAGUAUUUAAUAUUUCAGCUGUCUUCUGCUAUGAAAUUCUUGAGUGCCCAAAUGCUAUAGACCAUUUAGCAAACAGGUAGCUUCUCAACACUGUUCCACUAGGUACUAACUCCCCUGAUGAGCCUAGGACACUUUCAGGCUCCUAGAUGCAUAGCUUUGUUUCUUGGGCAAAUGAAGCUCAAACCAUCCCCUUCCUUCAUGCCUAGGGGCAUGGCAGAGAGAUUGAUUGAGGACUAUAGGGUAUUUUACAGAACCAGGUGUGCUGUGGGAUGGUCUGUAUGUCAAAUGUGUUGCUCUGAUUGGUUAAUAAAUAAAACACUGAUUGGCAAGUAUCCAGGCAGGAAGUAUAAGUGGGACUAACAGAGAGGAGAAUUGAGAAAACAGGAAGGCAGAGAGAGAGACAUUGCCAGCUGCCGCCAUGACAAGGAAGAUGUAAUGUACCAGUAAGCCACGAGCCACGUGGAAAAGUAUAGAUGAACAGAAAUGGGUUAAUUUAAGAUAUAAGAACAGUUAACAAGAAGCCUGAGCCAUUAGGCCAAACAGUUUAAAUAAUAUAAGCGUCUAUGUGUUUAUUUUCUAAGUGGGCUAUCCGACUGCCGGGGCUUGGUGGGACCCAGAGAGAAAACUCUCUAGAUACACAGGUGCAAUAAGGACUGGAGCAGAAUUCCAGAGGGGGACAGAAUUCCAGAAUUGUAUGGCCAGAGAGAGGAGAGGGAGAGUGAAGGGUAAGGCAGGAACAGAGGACACAGAACCGCAUGGCCAGAGAAAAGAGGAAGACAGAGGUUGAGUAGAGGGUAAAGCAAAUCUCUUGUAGAGUUUAUCAGGGCCAGGGGUAAGGAGCCAGGAAGGAUAUAGAUGGAGGACCAUGAAACAGAGGAAGAAGACGAGAUCAAAAGCAUAAGAGCUUACUAAAACUAUGAGGACAGGAAAACUGGGCACAGAGAGGAACUGAUUAUAAGGACAGAGCUGAAACUGGGUAGAUAGAAUUGACUUAGAAGAAUAAAGUGAAUGGACUAAAGAACUCAGUGUGCUUAGAUUCAUUUGAUAUCCCUCAGAUUAGUAUCCUUGGCCGCUUGUAGCAUCUGUUCUGGACCCUGAUAGAAAUCUCCUAAAGGCAGGCACUUGGGAGGAAUUCGUUAGUUAAUAUCAUAGGUGGAUCCAUAGCUGGGUAAGACUUUUCUCCCCAACAGCCUGCAUAGCAUUUACUGGCACUAUGAAAGCUACCAGGUAGAAGGAGGCUUCAAACACAGCUCCAUCUCCAUGGCUCUGUAUCAUGUGACUAUGAUGUGUGAUGCCUUUGGCAAUCAAGUGUUAUCACCUAGUUCUUUGGGCAACCAAGAGCAAGGACAAGAGCCUGUGUUGUUUCUUGAGUCCAUAGGGGCUCCCUGAUCAACCAAUCAUGAGCAAUCCUACUCCUGGCCCUGGAGUUACUGUUCUAUAACCCAUCACUUCCAGGAGAGCUUUUGCCAGCCAUGUAGGGUACCUCCCUUCCAACUUUUAAGUUUGUUUACAAGACUGUAGGUUUAUAUAGAGCUUUUUCUUCUUUUCUCUUUCUCAUUUUUAUCACUUUUUAAUGAUAAAACUGUAUGACAGUCACAUUAAUUCACUCACCUAACUCCUUCUAGAUCCGUCACAACUUCCCAUUUACCUACAUUAUGGACUAAGGGAUUAAUGGUUCUAACAUCCAAAGGCAGUAGAUGACUAUAAAGGAACAGUCUUUUUUUGGACACAGAGGGGCACUUGUACAUAAGGACUCAAGCCAGACAAAAUCCCAACAUGGAAAGAGUAGGCAUGCAGUCCCAACCAUAGCUCAGAAGAUAAUGUCAACUGAUAGUUGCUGUGAGAGGGAGAGCCAAUUUUAUUUAAGGGUACAGCACCUAGUGGAUAGACCAUAUCCUUUUUAAUACCCUCUUACCCUCACAUCUGCCCCCCAUUUUCUCUAUCUCCCCACCCUUUCCUUCUUAAUCCUUACCACUAUCUGUAUCCCCUCUAUGUUUUGUAGACAUAUAUAAACAAGUAAAUGUAUAAAUACAACCACUUCAGUUUGUUUAGUGUUGCUUGCACGUUUCUAGGGCUGACCACUUGGUGUUGAAUAACCAAUUAGGCAUCUCAUCCCUGGGGAAGUCUAAUUCUCCAUCUCUCAGCAGUCAUCAACUGCUUGUAGCUCUUCAUCUAGGGGUUGGGCCCUAGGAGAUUUCUCCCACACGUGUUGAGAACAACUGUGGGUGUCCUUGUUCAGGUCUUCUUUGGAGAGCCAUAUUGUUGAGCUUUCAUGGGUGCAGUUUCCCUGGCAUGUCUAGAAGAUUAAGUCUUACAGAAGACUUUCUGAAUCUCUUACAUCCUUUCCACUCCAUCUUUUGCACCCCAGGGAGGAAUGAGAGCCUCUUUGGUGCAGGUUUUUUUGAUUGCCACCACUCUUCCUCUAUUAUCCCUGGUCUUUGUCAUACUGGAAGCCUAGGAUACAGCAUUGUCCACCAGUCCAAUCCCAAGGGCUAGAAAGAAAAUCAAUGGUUAUUCCUUGAGUAGGAGCUCUGUUCUAUGAAGCCAUCAGUAUUGCAUUUAGAUAAUUGAGUUUCCUCCCCUCAGGGGCCACCAAGGUAUUCAGCCAGCCUGGACAAGGAUAAGAAGCAGAUGUGCUCUACAGCAUAGCACAGAGGAUUCUUUCAAACUACGGGUUGGGAAGGAGGCUAAACUGCUGGGCAGCACCUGUUCUGUGCUGCAGGCUUAUUAGAUAAGGCCAGAUACAUGCUGAAUAUUUUCCAUCCAUGCUGCCAUAUUCCUUUAAAUCAGAAAGGUGUAGUGUUUGGCUACACCCUAAUCACAGGACCCAGCAUGCCUGGGGCUGCAGAAUUCCAGGAUAUCAGCAGCAUCAACCACAUGCCUGUGGCUCACAGCUGACUCUGUGCCUACAAUCACCAGUCAUCAGCUGCAAUCACAGAAUAAGUGGACAGCACAUCAUGACCUGGAUUGUACAAACACUGUGAUAGCACACUGUGAGCUGUCAGUCUCAGGGGGGCAGUUCUCUCCUCUCCCUUCACAGUUUUGUUAGAGGAAGCUCUGUUCUCUGUUCUCACAGAAGCUCAGACUGCAUCAAAGAGGGAAAGUACUUUAAAGGCGACCUGUCAGGGUUCUGACCUGUCCUGGGUUGUGUGACCUAUUUAAGACUUCAGUGAUGGUGUGGGAUCCCCCAUCCCUGUCAGAAUGUCACACAAACUCUGCUGAUGACAUUGAUGACAGCACUCAUCUCAAAAGCUGUCCGUUGCAGAGCUGGAGAGAAAGCCAGGCAGUUCAAAAUGGCUUUAGUGCAGGAUUCCAUGUGUCUUCAGAAAACUUAGAAGUAAGAUUAUCAGGAAAAAGUAUGCCGUGAAAGUUGGGGUGAAUGUUACCCUGUCUGCUGGUGGGAGUGAAGUGAAGAACAUUGCACAAAGCACCCAAAUGCUGAGUUCUUACUACAGCUGAAGCGAAAGACAACACUGAAAACGGCCAUGGUAACGGUAAGUUUGGCUCUACCGUGAGGAACCAUGGACAUUUUGGGCCUGGGGAUGUGGCUCAGAAGGUAACAUGCUUGCUGCACAAGGAGAGGACCUAUUUGGAGCCCCAUUCCAUGUAAAAGGGUGAGGGUUUGUGUUGUGUGGAGCGUUUGAAGGAAAGUCACUCCAGAAUGUAAUUUUAAGCUCUCUGGCAACAGAGGGAGGAACAGUGAACUGUGAACUGAACCUUGAACUUCCAUCCAGAGCAUAUUUACUGACUGUACACAAAUGUUGUUUUUUGGUUCCUACGAGUUCCUCAUACCAAGGUCCCUUUGAUCUACUCUCUGUGUUCUCUGAAGGAAGUCAUCACCAAUGCCACUUCAGUCCUUACUGUGCACUGUUUGCAGGACCCAAUAAUGCAAGAUGUUUCAUCUGUGCCUGAUUAGUCUUGUGACUUAGUCAUGCAACAGAUGGAAAACAUCCUCAGAAAAACAACUCUAUAAAUCAUAGAAAACAAUCACUGCUCUCUACAAGAAUUUCCUCAAGGUCUUACUACCUCUAACAAACAACUAAUACAUUUUACUGUUACUCUAGAUGUAGCAAAAACAACUAGUACAUGCUAAUAUUAUCCUAGACACAGUGACUCUAUUAGAUUCCCACUACAUAAAAGUUAGGAUGGGUGUUAGAACUUGUAACAUCAGUGUAAGAGUGGAGCAGAGGCAGAGAGAGCCUGGAGAGGUCACAGCCAGC